UGACUAUGCCUUCCAUCAAAAGAAAACGGAACGUGUUAACGAUUGAGACAAAACUUGAGAUUAUAGAUCGCCUAGCAAAAGGAGAAAGUGGUUCUUCUCUGGCAACGCUCUACAAUGUUGGAAAAGCAACAAUAACUGACAAACAAAAAGAAGCAAUUCUUCAAUAUGCAGCUAAACUUAAUUCUGAAGAUGGCUCUAAAAGAAGAAAAAGCAUGAAAGGUGUCAGUGAUACAGCUCUUGAGGAUGCCCUGUUUGCUUGGUUUACACAAAAGCGAAGUUUGGCUGAUGCAGUGGACUCACUGACUGAGCAGAAUGUGAUUCACGCAUGGAAGAAGCUCUGGCCCGACGUCUCAAACUUUAUUGAACGCCUUCCUGGAUUCAAAGAAUGUGAUGAAGACGAUGUACGUGAAUGGCUGGAAACUGACGUCGGCGACCCGGGAUUUCAGAUCUUAACUGAAGACGAAAUUGUGGACUCCGUGAAAGCAGAAGCCACUGUUGAAGGUGCAACAGAUGAAGAAGCGUGCGAUGAACAGGACAACAAAGGCCCUACACAUGCUGAGGCAUUUGCUGCAUUCGAAACUGUCAUGGCAUGGUGUGAACGACAGAGUGAGUGUUGUUCAACGCAACUUCUGCUUCUGAAAAGGAUGAGGGACUUGGCAGCGAAGAAAAAGGCCCUACACAUGCUGAGGCAUUUGCUGCAUUCGAAACUGUCAUGGCAUGGUGUGAACGAC